GAUGUACCCGGCGUCCUACAUGGCCGAUCCCGUCGACCAGACGCCGCAGAAUAGACUAGCGUCUUCUACAGCUGGAGCGGCUCCAGCCGCCGAAGAACCCUUAUAUGGCGAGGGGAGGGAAUGCGUAAAUUGCGGAGCAAUUUCGACGCCCUUAUGGCGUCGGGACGGCACCGGCCAUUAUUUGUGCAAUGCUUGCGGAUUAUACAGCAAAAUGAAUGGCGCGCACCGACCUCUGCAGCAGAAAUCGUCCCAACCUUCGCCACCUAUCGGCAAGCGGGUGCCGCCUACGAAUGGCAGACGAUCUGGACUGCAAUGUGCAAAUUGCCAGACUGUAACAACGACGCUAUGGCGUCGAAAUAAUGAUGGCGAACCGGUUUGUAAUGCGUGUGGGUUGUAUUACAAACUUCAUGGCGUAGCCAGACCUAUGUCUAUGAAAAAAGACGGUAUACAGACGAGGAAAAGGAAGCCUAAAGGUUCGAAAUCGGAUAAAAAGGCGUCAGGUCAAGGGCAAUCGAGUAUGAUAACCGGAGGAGGUACAGCCGGAGGGGCUGCUGCUGCAUCAGCCCAUUUGGACCAUGCAGAUAAAUAUCAUCCGCCCGGAAUGGGACCAUACUCGGAUAUGGUUGGAGCACAAUCUAUGCAAAGUAGCCAACUUUAUUACGAUCCACCUCCUCAUACCAUACCCGUAGACAAUUCGAAAAAAGACAACGAUAUAAAAGCGACAAUGGCACCACAGGAAAAUCAUUGA